CACCGGAUAAAAUUUAUUUUUUAUUGAUUAGCUUCAAAGACUGUACAUUUUUCGUGAUAUCAUAUUUUCUGGUCCUCCUUUAAAGAGAUUUCUGUUAUAAAUAUUGUUGGGGCAAAUCAGGCCGAGUCGUGUCACGACAACUUUACAUCAUGGAAACUUCCUCUAUGUCAACGGGUGUGUUCGUGUAUAGAGGAAAGAGAGGCAAAGGCAGAAAAAGUCGCUCACCAAACAAAAGUUCCCCAAGGAAAAUUCGGAAAACUUGGGAUGAAGAGAGCGUAGGAUACUCUCAAGAAACUUGGUACCAAGCGUACAAAUGUGUACUAAUAUCUUUAGAAGACCAAGUGCAGAACUUAUACACCGAUAUGUUCGCUCAGCUGCUGGAAAACGUGUCAGUAUUUUUAGGAAGAACAUCUUCCACUGCUAUAAACGAGAUUCCCACGGCUGUUGUUUUGACAGGAAUAAACCUUCCCGACCAUGCAGUAAUUUUUGAAGCAGUCGAGAAGAAGCUGAUCGAGGAUAUUUCUCCACAUGUGGUUCUGCUUUCCUCUCGAACCUGUUCUACUGCUAGGCAUCUAUUUGGUCAAAUACUGAACCAGUGCCAGUUUGGAGACUCUGAAAUGGAAAUCGAGUCAGCUGAAGACUCUGAUGACAUCGAGACUCCUCAUCUGAGAAAGAGAGCCACUAAGUGUACUUUCAGUGAAAUUUCCUUGUGGUACAAGAACCAAGGAAGUGAUAAGCCAAUCGUUGUGGUCCUGACAGACUUUGAAGCUUUCACUCCCACUGUUGUUGAAGACUUUAUUUACUUAGCUAGCGAGUACAAGAGUGAAGUUCCUGUGGCUCUUGUGUUUGGAGUGGCGACAACUGAAACGACAGUGCACAGUGCCCUUCCUCACAGAAUUAUGUCCAGAUUGGCGAUGGAAACGUUUGCCACUAAAAAUUCCAAAGACUUCUUAAGCCACCUCAUUAAUGAGGUCAUCUUGUCAUCAAAGUGCCUUUUUCGCAUUGGCGGGACUGUGUUUAAAAUGCUCACAGACAUUUUCCUUUUCUAUGAUUUUUCGAUACAGAGUUUUCUACAAAAGUUCAAGUUCUGCAUGCUCAAUCAUUUCGUCAAUAGAGGUGUUUUUGCUGUUUACUGCAAGGAGGACUUAACAGUUGAUUUAAUGACAAGCAAAGAUGUCGCAAAGUCAAUUGUACCAAAGCUGAAAUCAUUCCGCCUCUUUGUCGAGCAACACCGAGGGCAAGAAAAGUUGGAUUUGCUUACCAAUGACGACCACAUCAAAGAAACAAUCAAAAGACUGGAAAACGAACUGCUUGACCAUUUUGAUUAUUUUCUUGUUGGCCUCAAGUGUUUGCAUGAAAUGACCGCAUCUCUGCCGCAACAUCCGCUUGGCCGACAAGUUAGCGAUUUAUACUUUGAAGCUGUUUCUAAGAAGAUCUGGGAAAUGCCAGAAUACUUGAAAUGCGCUAGUUUGUGGAAGCACUUAUCUGGGACAGAGCUGGAAGAACAACUAGACAGAAUGCUACUCAUUUUAGAAGGUGCCAGCAAUGAACUGGCGGGUCUUAAUGAGUGGAUUGCCGACAUCACUACUGUGAACGCUAAGCUAAAGCGGAUAUUUACCGGUCAGCGAAGUGCUUCCUGCUCUCCAAAGAAGCAAAGUAAAUCUGCAGAUCUCUCUGGCCUCAGUAGGACUGAAUUGCAGCAACAACUGAAAGAGCUCUCAAAGUCUUCGCCAGUGCAAAACAAGUUUGAACUGGUUCGAAAUGAAGCUUUGGAAUUGGUGGACAAAAUGUUCAGGUCUCUGCUGAGGCCUCCGAGAGAAAUGCCAUUGCAUGAGCUCAUGUUGUUUGACGAUCUGGAGCUGGCAAAGAAAGAACUGAUGGGUAACUCGAGACUGGCCCUGAACAAGGCGCUUUUCAACCCUCAUCACUACUUAAAAUGCAAAUGCUGUGAGCAAAAGUACGAAGAGGGGAUUAGUACUUCAUUCCCAGACGUGUGCAUCUCGUAUCAUCUGCACUUGGAAUUCAUGAAGCACAUCAACUUGUACGAUUGGCUCCAGUCUUUCAACCUGAUUGUUGAGCGGAAUGCUAAAGAGGAAGAAGACUCUUCUGUCAGCACUGAAACACAAGCUCGAUUCACACAGUCCAUUGCGGACAUGCAGUUCUUGGGCUUCAUUAAACCAACUUCAAGAAAGGCAGACCACGUUCUCCGCCUCACUUGGGGCAAUAACUGCGCCUGAUGCCAACCAAUCUUGCUUCAUCCAUGCAAACAGUGACGCUCUUGUGGAUCCAGUCUGCUGCACCUCCUGCUUCUUCUCUCUCGUGAAAUACGCCGCAGCGAGAACAAGCAGCACUCACAUACUUCUUCUCCCCCUCUCUGGAAGGC